AUGUCGGACAAGCAGCUAUUAAGACAAAGUUCUUUGAAAAAGCCGGGAAAACCAAACGUCAGGAGGAAAAAACAACAUGUACUCAUCAGGCUGCCGGACUCCGAUCCUGACAGGCCAUACAAGCUCAAGACGAAAAUAGUACUUGCAGCGUUAGCAGUCCUAGUCUUCAUAUCAGCAUUGAGUGGAUACCUCAUCGGGAGUGCAGACUAUGCAUCGCGGAGGGCGGCGGAGCCUCCGGAUCCAGUUGCACCUCUCAAACCCUCGGCUUCCCGUCUCCAUGUGUUCCAGAAAGCUGCUGUUUGCACAGAUGCACCUCAGUGUUCACAGAUUGGCAGAGAAAUCCUCAUCAAAAAUGGGUCGGCGGUGGACGCGGCAGUGGCAGCCAUGUUCUGCAAUGGUCUCCUGAACCACCAGAGCAUGGGGCUCGGUGGUGGCUUCUUCAUGACGGUGUACCUGAAGGAUGAAGAGAGGGCCUACACGGUGAACGCGAGGGAAAUGGCUCCUGGAGCCGCUACCGUCGACAUGUUCAAUGGAAGCUGGGACAAGGCUGCGAAAGGUCCUCUAUCCAUUGGAGUGCCAGGCGAGCUUCGUGGCAUGUGGGCGGCCCACAAGAGAUGGGGCAAGUUACCCUGGGAGAACCUGGUGGCUCCAAGCCUGGAUCUGUGCAGAAACGGCUUCGCUAUGUCCAAGGUCAUGUAUGAUGGACUAGAGAGCGCUCCGUACAUCAAGAAUGAUCCUCAUCUUAGGAAAAUGUACUUCAACACGGCUAAAGGCCAGUUCCACAAACCUGGCACGAUUAUAAAACCCAGUGAAGCUCUGUGCAACACCUACCAGAGGAUAGCUGAGAACGGGGGCGAUGACCUCUACAACGGGACGCUUGCAGCUGAUCUCCUGGAUGACCUGGAGAGGGUCGGCAGCAUCAUCACUGCUGAUGAUCUAAGGCAAUACGAGGCGAAAAUUUCAGAACCAAUAGCGGUUCCCUUGAGCAAUGGAGACACCUUCUACUCUCCGCCUCCGCCCAGCAGUGGGGCUAUCCUUGUAAACAUACUGAACAUCCUCAGCGGGUACAACUUCACAGCUGCCAGCAUCAAUACCACGGAAGACAAGAUCCUCACCUACCAUAGGAUCAUAGAAGCAUUCAAGUACGCGUACGCGACCAGAACGAAGCUAGGAGAUAGCGACUUUUUGGAUUUAAGUGAGCUUAUUCGCAACGUGACAACUCCAGAGUACGGCACAGAGAUCCGACUUCGUAUCAACGACACGUCCACCAGUAACGACACUGCCACCUACGGAGCGGAGACCUACAACCAACCUGAUGCUGGAACCGCUCACAUAUCCAUAAUAGCAGGCAAUGGUGAUGCUGUUUCAGUCACCAGUUCUAUAAACUUUUACUAUGGUGCUGGUUUCUCAACCCUCAAAACUGGUAUAGUAAUGAACAACGUGAUGGACGACUUCUCAUCUCCUGGCAUCACCAACUACUUCGGAUUGAAGCCAUCCCCAGCGAACUUUAUCGCUCCUCACAAGCGGCCUAUGUCUUCAAUGAGUCCCAGUAUCAUUGUGGAUAGGAAUGGCAAUGCUAAACUGGUGAUCGGUGCUUCUGGAGGCACAAAAAUUACUACUGCUGUGGCUUUGGUGACAAUACGCAAACUCUGGUUCGAUCAAUCAAUAAAGGAAGCUGUGGACGAGGCUAGGAUACAUCAUCAGAUUACCCCUAUGCACGUGGAAUACGAAUUUGGAGUUACUGAGGACAUAGUGCAGGGUCUUCGGGCAAAAGGCCACGGCAUGGUCCGAUACCGCAGUCGGGGCUCAAUAAUCUGUGCGCUCUAUAGAAAUAGAACUGCUAUCUACGCCAAUGCGGACUUCAGAAAAGGUGGCGACGUUGCUGGCAUGGACUGA